CUCCAUUCUGGCUGCUCUCUCCAUCGAUCCAUUUCCACAAACCAGGAAAGAAUCCAAAUGCGAAGCUCUGUCUUAAAAUCGAUCAAUCGAUCGUUGGGAAUUCGAGAGGAAGAAGAAGAUUACAACAUCAACACAGAGGGAAAUCGCAGGAGGAAAUUGAGUAGCUACAAAUGAUUUGGUCGAUCCUCCAAGUCUCCACAUGAAGCGGAGGAAAUAAAUUGAUGGAUGAAGAGCUUGGCUUUGCAUUGGAUUCUACCAACACCAACCAGUCGCUCCUUCGAGCUUGGCAGAAACGCAAAAGGAUAGUACAGAGGAAACCGAUGCAUUAACUUAAAAGGAGAGAUCGGAACCAGAGAAAUGGGGAGCUAUAAAAUGUGUAUAUUCUUCACGAGGAAGUUCGACUUCAACGAGGCUCAGCCUCCGCCGGACGUGAUGGAGGCCUUCGAGAAGUUUUCGGAAGGAGAGUCUCAUAUGACAGCCGAACAACUCCAUCGUUUCAUGGUCGAGUUUCAGGGAGACGCCGACACGACAACCAACGAUGCCAAACGAAUUAUCCAUAAGGUUAUUGAUAAACGGCACGCUGUUACUAAAAUCGCGAGGCAUAAUUUCAAACUCGAAGAUUUCUACUAUUAUCUCUUCUCGGACAAUCUAAAUCCUCCUAUCCAUGAUCAGGUUCGCCAAAAUAUGAAUUUUCCAUUGUCCCAUUACUUCAUAUAUACGGGUCACAAUUCUUAUCUCACUGGGAAUCAACUCAGCAGUGAUUGCAGUGAUGUCCCAAUCAUAAAGGCACUAAAAAGAGGUGUUAGGGUAAUCGAACUAGACAUAUGGCCAAAUUCUUCAAAAGAUGAUGUUCAUGUUCUUCAUGGAAGGACGCUAACUACUCCAGUGUCACUAAUAAAAUGUUUCCACUCGAUUAAAGAGCAUGCUUUUUCUACGUCGCCAUACCCCGUCGUUAUAACUUUAGAAGACCACCUGACUCCAGAUCUUCAAGCUAAAGUAGCUGAGAUGGCCACUGAAACAUUUGGAGAUAUGCUGUAUUUUCCUCAGGCGGAAUGUUUACUAGAAUUCCCUUCGCCUGAAGAAUUGAAGUACCGGAUUAUUCUUUCAACCAAGCCACCAAAAGAAUACCUUGAGUCCAAGACUUGGAUGAAUAGGGGAAAUGACCCACAGGGAGGAAAAGAUUCUGAUGAAGAACCAUGGGGAAAGGAAGCUGUAGACCCAACAGCUGAAUUUGAAACUGAUGAUAAGGAUGAUGAAGAUGCCGAUGACGACGAUGACUACAACUCACGCCAGUCAGGGGCACCCCAGUAUAAGCGCUUAAUUGCUCUCCAUGCUGGGAAACCGAAGGGUAGAUUAAAGGAGGCCCUAACUGUGGAAUCUGGGGGAGUUACACGCCUUAGUUUGAGUGAACAAGAACUUGUAAAGGCUACAGUAUCUCUUGGACCUACACUUGUGAGAUUCACCCAGAAGAAUUUUCUGAGGAUAUACCCAAAGGGUACACGUUUUAACUCCUCUAAUUAUAAUCCACUAAUUGGUUGGAUGCACGGAGCUCAAAUGGUUGCAUUUAAUAUGCAGGGAUAUGGGAAAUCACUCUGGUUAAUGCACGGGAUGUUCAGGGCCAAUGGAGGGUGUGGUUAUGUGAAAAAACCUGAUCAUAUGAUGGUCGAAGAAUGUGAUCUUAAAGUAAUAUCUCCAGUUAAGAAAACAUUGAAGGUGCGAGUAUACAUGGGUGAUGGAUGGCAUGUAGAUUUCAAGAAAACACACUUUGACUCAUACUCCCCUCCAGACUUCUAUACAAAGGUAAGAAUAGCAGGAGUGGAAGCAGAUUACGCAAAGGUGAAAACAAAGGUAGUGAAGGAUGACUGGGUGCCAGUAUGGGAUGAAGAAUUUGAAUUCCCACUAACUGUGCCAGAGAUGGCUCUGCUUUAUAUUGAAGUGCGUGAGCAUGACAAGCAUGAGAAGGAUGAUUUUGGUGGUCAGACAUGUUUACCUGUUUCAGAGUUGAGGACUGGGGUUCGGACAGUCCCACUCUUUGACCGCGAGGGAGAGAAAUACGAGACUGUGAGGCUUCUUAUGCGAUUUCAGUUUGUAUGACAUUUAUGCUCUAGUUAGUUGCUGGUUGUGUUUCCUGUCAUAAAUACAGAAAGUGCUUUAUGCACUCUUGGGAACACUCGAUCAAUGAUAGGCAGAUUGGCGUGCAACCAGCCUCUCCAUAAUUAAAUGGGUUGGAUCCCACAUUCAAGGCAGUUAUGUACUAGGAUGCAGUUACAAGUUUAGCUCAGGGAAAACAUGCAUUCUACUGCUAUUCUUCUGUAUUUCCACAGUUGUUUUGUUGGGCAAGAUCAGUUGCAUUCUGAGAGAUGAUAGUGUAUAUAGUGUAUAUUCUGGUGUAAAGUUCCAUCAUUUUUUCUCUCUUUUCCAAUAAUCUUCCAGCUUGUUCUUUAAUUUCCUGGUAUUUGGACUUGAUUUUCGUGUGGCUAUAUUCUUCCCAGACUAUGAC